UGCAGACGCCGGCGGUGACGGUGAGUACCAGGCUGCAGUGGUCGCACCGCCCGAUCACGCCCUCCUGUCGCGGCCACAAUGAAGCUUCUGCGACACAAGAUCCACGUCUGGGCAGGUUUACUGCUGCCUGAGUUGAGCCUUUCUGGGAUGAGUGAACUCCGGUUUCCUGAGGAGAAACCCCUUCUGAGAGGGCAGGACACCGAGAUGGAAUCUGUGGACACCUUCCUCUCUGCAGCAGACACUGACUGGAAGGAACAUGACAUUGAGACGCCUUAUGGCAUGCUGCACGUUGUUAUACGAGGGACUCCGAAAAGCAAUCGUCCGGCAAUACUUACCUAUCAUGACGUGGGCUUAAACCAUAAGCUCUGCUUCAGCACCCUCUUCAGCUAUGAAGACAUGCAGGAGAUCACCAAGCACUUUGUCGUGUGUCAUGUUGAUGCACCGGGCCAGCAGGUGGGGGCAUCCCAGUUCCCCCAGGGGUACCAGUAUCCCACCAUGGAGAACCUGGCCGACAUGUUACCCAGUGUCCUUCAGCAUUUUGGCUUCCAGACGAUCAUUGGGAUUGGAGUUGGAGCUGGAUCCUAUGUUCUUGCUAAGUUUGCUCUGAUUUUCCCAGAGAUGGUGGAAGGACUGGUCCUGGUGAACAUUGAUCCCAAUGGAAAAGGCUGGAUUGACUGGGCGGCCUCUAAGCUGUCCGGACUGACGAGUUCUCUCCCUGAUACCGUGUUGUCUCAUCUCUUCAGUCAGGAAGAGCUGAUGAAUAACACAGAGCUUGUACAGAAUUAUCGCCAGCAGAUCAGUAGCUGCGUGAACCAGAGCAACCUGCAACUCUUCUGGAGCAUGUACAACAGCCGAAGAGAUCUAGAAAUGAAUCGUCCCGGGACAGUCCCAAACGCGAAGACUCUGAGGGCUCCAGUGAUGCUGGUGGUUGGAGACAAUUCCCCGGCUGAAGACGGCGUGGUUGAAUGUAACUCUAAGCUUGAUCCAACAACCACAACAUUCCUGAAGAUGGCAGACUCUGGAGGACUUCCACAGGUCACUCAGCCCGGGAAGCUGACAGAAGCUUUCAAAUAUUUCCUUCAAGGGAUGGGAUACAUUGCCUCCCUGAAGGAUCGGAGACAGAGUGCCAGUGCAGUGCCCUCAGCCAGUAUGACUCGACUCGCACGAUCUCGCACAGCAUCCCUCACCAGUGCCAGUUCUGUGGAUGGAAGUCGCCCCAGGCCUUGUACUCAGUCAGAAAGUAGUGAGGGCAUUGGUCAGAUCAACCACACCAUGGAAGUGUCCUGUUGAAGACCCCUUCCCGAAGCAACACCUUACGCCCUACUUCCCCUAUUCUCGCCCGCUCAUUACCCAUCUCUUCUUUACUGGUUUCUCUUCCUGCACCCCACCCCUUUAAACAGCGUCUGGCAGUUUUUGGGGAUCCAAAUCAUCAUCUGGUGUGUGCUCUUCCCGCUCCCUGUGACUGGAUGUGAGACAGGGAUAACAGAAGAUUGUGAUCAGAUCCAUGGGGACUAAAGCAUGAGGAGGGGUACCUGGUCCUGUGGUAGCAGCACUGGGAAGCCUUUGUUGUAAGCAGACUAAAUGUGACUGCCAGUGUAAAGCGAGGUGUGGAAGGCUACGAUUCCUUCUCCACCCCAGCCGAGGCCAGUACUGAGAUAUAAGAUCAGCUUUACAAGGGGAGGAAAGAACACUGUGAAGGCAAAAUUGUAUCGGGUUCAUGGAGCUCAUAGAGGUGACAUGAACGACCAUAGAGGAGCCUAUAGAGGUGACCGGAAUGACCAUAGAGGAGCCUAUAGAGGUGACCGGAAUGACCAUAGAGGAGCUUAUAGAGGUGACAUGAACGACCAUAGAGGAGCCUAUAGAGGUGACAUUAACGACCAUAGAGGAGCCUAUAGAGGUGACCGGAAUGACCAUAGAGGAGCCUAUAGAGGUGACCUGAAUGACCAUAGAGGAGCCUAUAGAGGUGACCUGAACAACUGUAGAGGACCCUAUAGAGGUGACCUGAACGACUGUGGAAGAGCCUAUAGAGGUGACCUAAACGACUGUAGAAGAGCCUAUAGAGGUGACCUGAACGACUGUAGAAGAGCCUAUAGAGGUGACCUGAACGACUGUAGAAGAGCCUAUAGAGGUGACCUAACCCACCGUAGAGGAUCCUUUAAGCUGACCUGCAUGACCGUAGAGGAGCCUAUAGAGGUGACCUGAACUACAGUAGGGGAUCCUAUAUAAAGUUGAUCUGUAAAUCUCUAGGGGAUCCUAUAGAGGUGAUCUAUACAUGCACCACUGGAUCAGCACAGGGUUGUGGAUGCCAUUCUCCAGGUUCUGACUUAUCUACUGACGGUGGAGUGCAGCUCAGCUAGAUGUGUCCCGUGAAAGUGUGAGGGCCUGUCCCUGUGUCCAUCAGACCAGUCUCCUGUUUUAUGGUUCUGUCCUGUCUCCUGCGUUCCGCCAUCUUGAUGUUUCCCUUCCCCCAUCUGCGUCUUCUCUCCAUCUUGGAUACCUGUCUGUGCGCAGUGACUGUGCUCAUAUAUGUUCUAUUUACCGAUCUGUCUUGUGGCGGUGGAUGCUUGUAGCUGCAUUUAAUCACUACAAAUACUUCAUGAUAGUAAUGGAUGAAUUUAGCAAACCUCAAUAAAACGGUAAAUCUGC